AGGUUUCAAGUGGGUUGCUUUGUGAAGAGAACCCUUCUUAACGAAACAAAGAGUCGGCAGUAACUUCAAAGAGUUUGGUGAAAGUUACUGGGAGAAUUGCACGAAUCAAACGAUCUCCCGGAUGUGGUGUCGUGCUCUCACACUGUCCAAAUGCACCGCAAAUCAAUCGGAAGGGAAUUGUUCGGUGCCAAUUAACCAGAGCGCACCGCCUGGGUUGCAGCAGAAGAUUGACGUCAGGCUCCGCUGGUUCCUCUCUCGCUGCUCCCGCUCAGUUGAACGGGGGAGUCGCCGAGCUGCAGCAACCCUCCCGCUUCUUGUGUGAUCUGCUCAAUCCACCGAGCUUCCAGUUCUCCCCUCUUCUCUCUCUCUCUCUCUCUCCACCUCCUCCUCCCAUUUGAAGCAGGAGUGAAUCAAGUCCUUCAAUUAUGAGCCGGUUUCAAGCACAGAAUUUCCAAGAGCAGCGGUCCUCUGACUGUUCCAGUUCUCGGGAUUCAUUGGACAACCAAUCAUUGGAUGACUUCUGGACAGAGGUGGAGAACAUCAAGGAGAGUUGUGAGACUGAGGUGGAUGAAAACAGUGAUGUGAAAACACCAGAUGAUGGAGAGCUGGAUGCUGAUUGGCUUAAAGAUACUGGGUUGUCCACUCUUAUCAAUGAAAACAGCCAAGAUGAUGACAGUAUAGUCCUGCUUUCUACUCUAACCCGCACUCAGUCAGCAGCAGUACAGCGCAGAGUUGACAACUAUACAUUGUCUUUGCGGGUAAAGAGUAAGCAACCUGUACGAGAUGUCAGGGAUGUCUUUCCCAGGCAAAAGUUUUCAAGCAGCGAUUCCGAAAAGCAAGACAAGCAUAUUGAUGCAUUGGAACGAAAACGACUUGAGCAUCUGCUCCCAGAGGAAGAUAAACGAGAAGCUUGUUCUGAUGAACAUGGGAAUUCAUCACCAACACAAUGUGGACUUUCUAAAAAAGAAACAAUAUUUUUUAAUGUUUCUUAUUCUGAACAAGCACAAAUUUGCCGAAAUAGAGCAUGCUAUAACAAAAUGUUGAGAAAGCAAAGCGAUGAUGGGAUUUUGCCUCAAUACAGAAUGUACAAGAAUAAACUUGGCACAACCAGAAUGGGGGAUCUCUCGGAGCAAGACAUGAAAAAAGUUCGCACCUUGGCACUAAUUGAGCUUACAGCUCUCUUUGAUGUCCUCGACAUGGAGGUGAAGAGACAAAAAGCAACAAAAGUGAAAGCACAAGAAAAUAAACUCUUUGGUGUACCACUCACACAGCUGGUUGAAAAUGAUCAGAAGAUUGUCCCCAAUACCAAAGUUCCACUGUUGCUUAAAGAGUUGCUUUGCAGUCUAGAAGAUAAGGGUUUGGAAACUGAAGGAAUUCUCCGUAUUUCAGGUUCUCUUGCCAGAAUAAAGAAUUUGCAACAGGAGCUUGAAUCAAAUUUUUACCAAAAUAAUUUUGACUGGAAAAAAGUUCACCAAAAUGAUGGAGCAGGCUUACUGAAGAUGUUUAUCCGUGAAAUGCCCUGUCCCUUGUUAACAACAGAGUAUGUAGCUGCUUUUGCAGCAGUCCAAAAUAUCACUGAUCAAGUCCAGAUGAUACAUGCUCUGAAUCUUCUUGUGCUGAUGCUUCCAGAUGUAUAUAGAGCCACAUUAAAGUUGCUGUUGGAGUUUCUUCGCAAAGUGAUUGAAAAAGAGCAGGAAAACAAGAUGAAUCUCUGGAAUGUUUCCACUAUAAUUGCUCCUAACCUUUUCAUGCACAAAGGAAUUUCAAACAAGAUGCCAGACGGAAGUGAGAAGCAGCAAGCAGAAAAGGCUGCAAAUGUUGUCCGGGUGCUUAUCCAUUACCAGGACCUUCUUUGGAUUGUUCCAUGCUUCCUUGUAGCACAAGUGAGAAAACUGAAUGAAAACAGCAAUAAGAAGUACGAUAAGCGUCUAAAAAAUCUGCUGAAGAAGAUUCACACAGACAAACAUGACAAGCAAAUUGUAGAACAACCGUGUAACAGGACAAUAAAAAUUCAAGCCCCCAAUUUACUGAAGGGUACAAUGGAUGUUCAACUGGAUCCAGAGACUACUAUUCGGGAUCUUGUGGCUCAGUUUCAGAAGAAAUUAGACUGCAGUAACUAUGAUGCUGCAAACACCAAUCUCACAAAACGAAGCAAUGGCUCCACAGAAUAUUCAGAGUUUUUCUUGUAUGAAGUGGGUGGUAAUAUAGGUGAACGGUGUCUUGAUCCAGACACAUGCAUGUUGGAACUGUACAAGGUUAAUCCUCAAGCUGAGUGGAUCAUUAGACAACGUGUAACAUUAUCAAAAGAAAGCUAACUUUUUAUGAGCAUUCACCAUCUAAGUCCACAAAAUUUGCUGGUUAAAUAGUAUCUGUACUUCAGAUUAUUGUUAAAAGUUUGAGACCUUAUCAAGGUGAAGAAAAGGAGUGAGUACUUUUUCAAGGCAAUCCAAGAAGCAAUUUAUCCAGUAAAGUAUAGCACUUUCAUUAAACAAGGGAUAUUUACCACUUGAAGGUAAAAUCAGACCGGCAUUUCUUAUUUGCAGGUUUCUUGGCAUGUGAAUUUGAGAACUUGAAUUUUUUUUACGCAACUCAUGUUUAACCGUGGCUUUUUUUUAUUGCGUGAUGUUCAAUUAGCAUUGCCAAAUAUUACAAGGAAAAUGUUUAACCUUCUGGAAGAGAAAAAUAAGUCUCUUUCAUGAUGAUAUAUAUUUUCUUGGAAUUUUGUUUCAAAAUUUCUUUGGCAUAACUUGGACCUGCUUGGAGAAAAGACAUGAAUAAGGUGGAGAAAAUGGAACAGAAAGGAAAAGCUUGGCUUGUGCCAAAACAUCCUGCCUGUCAAUUAUUUAUUGAAGGACUAGAACGGAAGCAUGAAUCUGUGCCUGCAGUUUAUUUGUCAUGAAGCCAUUUGCAAUUGCACAUACAGAGCAACUGGAUCUUCAGCUCGGGACAGAGAGCUAUAAUUGUCUUACACUUUACGGCUUGGGUACAGAUAAUGUGAUAUGAUUGUGGGAAAAAUACAAUUGUAAAAAACUAAUGAAACUUGCAGGUCUUAUUGUGUACAAUAUUAUUUGAAACCUGUGGGCUGUGCAAUUUUUUUUUGAAGCACUAGCCAACUUGUAGUUGCUGAUUAACUUUUCCUGCUGAAUAAUGUUACUACAUUUACAUUUGGAUUUUUAUUUUCUAUAUGUCUGCAACCAGAAUUUUUUUACAUUUUGUUUAAACAACUAUUUUAAUCUGUUAUUUUUGUCUGAGGUGGUGGUUAUUUUUAAGACGAUUGGAAGUAUAAUCUUUACAAUAUUCCUGAUGUUAAUGCUUGCAAAACAUUUAUUGGAAACUUUGGAACUGUGCCAGUGUAAUAAUGUUAAGAUUAACACUUCUGAUUUUAAGAGUUGAUCACAAGUUCCAAGAAUCUUUAUCACUUAAAUUUGCCCAAUAACUAGUGUAUUGAAAAGCUGGGUGCAACUGAGUUAUACAAUCUCACAGCCUUUGAUCCAGAAACAUAAACUUAAAUCCUCCGCUACCAUGGUGGGAUUCUAAAUUCAAGCAAUGAAAUAAAUCUGGUGUUUAAAUUUAAUUUUAAAAAAAAACAACCAUUAUACUCUUGAAUUGUUGCAAAACCCAACCUGGUUCACUAAUAUCAUUUAGGGACGGAAACCUGCCAUGUUUACCCAGUAAAUGUGACUCCAGACCCACCAAUGUGAUGAAUUCUUAAACUGUCUCCUUAUUUAGGGCAAUUAGCAGUGGCUAGUAAAUGCUAGUGUCAACAAAAAUGUCCAGAUCCUGUGAAACAAUAAAACAUGGUCUUUUCAAACAUUCAGCUUAUUCUUAACAAAUACAGAUGUAAUAUAACCACUAUUUGCAGAUGCAUUGAGAGCCAUAGUACACCAGGUAAAGAGCAGUGAAAAUUUUGAACCUUCAUCUAUUACUGUUGAAUAUAUGAUUGUGUUUGUACCUUAACCAUGGUCAAAUGUUGCUGCCUGUUUGUGUUGGUUUGAUCAGCAAACUCUGGUCAAACCUGUGGAAGAGAGUGCAGAAAUUUGAUGUUACUUUAAGUGCAAAUAGAGGUCCAGUGAUCUCCAAGGCUAAUUUAUAAAAAUAUUCUGGUCACAAAAUUGCCGCUCCCACAGACUGAAAUUAAUAGUGUUUACUUAUGGACAUAGCAGCAAGUUGUUCAAAUUAAGAUUUUUUUUUGGUGCACAAGCAUCAGUACACACAUUUUAAAAGUUUUAUUUGUGUUAAAAGUAGUGAAUUUACUAAAAGAACUGACAAUUAUACUCUAAAGUAAGCGGUUUAUUAAUAGUUUUUUUUAAUGUUGUUACUUACAAUAAAGUUAAAAUGAGUUACAGGUAGAAGACAACUCUUGUUUAAAUAUUUUUUGUGAAAAAUCCAUUUACAUCUGUACAAAUAACAUUGCACCAGAUUAGCACUCUUAAAUACUUCAAAUUUUGAUGCAGA